AUGGCGCAGCGGGGCACCGGCAGGGACCAGGCACGCCGGGCACCGGCGGGGAGAGGCGCCGCAGGCCCCAGCCCGAGUCAGCCCUUCUCCUCCCUCCGCCCCCGCGCCCCACGCAGGGCCCCGCGCCCCCGGCCCGCCAGCAGCCCCGGGGGCGGGGAUCCCCUCUCGCCGCCCUGCCUGCCCCGCCGGGGCGGAGCCGCCGCCGGCCGAGAGGCGCCCCUGACGUCUCCCCGUCAGGGAGAGACCGGAUGCCGAUGCCGCCGCCGCCGCCGCUGCCGCCCCCUCAGAGGAAAGCGCGAGCGCCGCCGGUGCCCGCCCCGCCCCGCCCCGCCCUGCCCUGCCGCAGGUAAAUCCCGACGCGGGGCCUACCCGCCCCCCUGCACCGGCUGCCCACUGGGCGGGCGGAACACGGCAAGGGAGGGGAGGGCGGCCGCCCCCCGGCCCCGGGGCCGCUCCCGAGGCGCGGGCACCAGCGGAGGCGGCGGCGCCGCGCACGGCACCUUCCUACCUGACAAGCCGAGCCCCUCCGCCACCGCGGGCGUCACGGCCCCACCAGCGGCACGUGACCAGCGCGGGCCAAUCAGCGCCGGGCUCCCCCCUCUCCCGCCCAGCCAAUCCGGGCGCUCCCCGCCUCUUCGGGUGACGCGCCGCCGCUGGCGGCCAGUCAGCAAGGGAAGAUGGGCCACCGCUGCCGCCCCGCGGCGAGGAAGGAGGCCGCGAUUGGAGAGGUACAACACCCUGCACUUCAGAGGUGAGCAGGGGGUACCGGGACGGAGGGCCUGCUUCUGGCCGAGCAAGGGUGCAAAAGAGCAGAAACUGGGUAUUUGCUGGAGGGACGGUGGUGUUGAUGGAAAAAAACUCGGUGGUGGCCGCAACGCUUGCUCCAAAACCCCAGCCGCUGUCCCACCAGCCCUCCCACCCCUCCCUAACAAACUGCGACCAAAGAAGCCUCUGUUUCGGUGCGCGGCGGGCGGCGGGGACGCGCCGUCCCGGGAGGCCGCCGGGGAUAGCGGCGGCGGGCGACAGCCGGCCUCCCCGCCGCCGCCUCCUCCCGCGCCGGAGGAAGAGGGGGAGAAGAAGGGCGGCGAGGAGCCGCUGGAGCAGCCCGGCGACUGCUGCCGAGAGCCGCUGCCGCCGCCGGCCCCGGACAUUAACCAGCUGCCGCCCUCCAUCCUCCUCAAGAUAUUUUCCAAUUUAUCCCUGAAUGAGCGUUGCCUUUCAGCGUCAUUAGUCUGUAAAUACUGGCGUGACCUCUGUUUAGAUUUUCAGUUUUGGAAGCAGCUGGAUCUCAGUAGUCGUCAACAGGUCACCGAUGAGCUGUUGGAAAAGAUAGCCUCAAGAAGCCAGAAUAUUACUGAAAUCAAUAUUUCUGAUUGUCGCAAUGUAUCUGAUACAGGAGUAUGCAUAUUAGCAAUUAAAUGUCCUGGACUCCUAAGGUAUACUGCCUACAGAUGUAAACAGCUUUCUGACACAUCCAUUAUUGCGGUUGCCUCUCAGUGUCCUCUUCUUCAGAAAGUGCAUGUAGGCAAUCAAGACAGACUCACUGAUGAAGGUCUAAAGCAGCUGGGAUCAAAAUGCAGAGAAUUGAAAGACAUUCAUUUUGGACAAUGUUACAAGAUCUCAGAUGAAGGAAUGAUCAUUAUAGCUAAAGGCUGUCUGAAGUUGCAAAGAAUAUACAUGCAAGAAAACAAAUUAGUGACAGAUCAGUCAGUGAAAGCUUUUGCUGAACAUUGUCCUGAGCUGCAGUAUGUUGGUUUUAUGGGCUGCUCUGUUACAUCAAAAGGAGUCAUUCACCUCACCAAUCUAAGAAAUCUUUCCAGCUUGGAUCUACGUCAUAUCACAGAACUGGACAAUGAAACCGUGAUGGAAAUAGUAAAGAGAUGCAAAAACCUUAAUUCCCUCAAUCUGUGUCUGAACUGGAUCAUUAAUGACAGAUGUGUGGAGGUGAUUGCCAAAGAAGGCCGGAACCUGAAAGAGCUGUAUUUAGUGUCCUGUAAGAUCACUGACUAUGCUCUGAUAGCCAUUGGACGGUACAGCAUGACAAUAGAGACAGUGGAUGUUGGAUGGUGCAAAGAAAUCACAGACCACGGAGCCACCCAAAUUGCACAAAGCAGCAAGUCUCUCAGAUAUUUAGGGCUGAUGAGAUGCGAUCAGGUGAAUGAAGCCACAGUGGAGCAGCUAGUGCAGCAGUACCCACAUAUAACCUUCAGUACUGUACUACAAGAUUGCAAGAGGACAUUGGAACGAGCUUAUCAAAUGGGCUGGACACCCAAUAUGUCUACUGCCUCUUAAACACCUGUACCAACACAACAGUUCCACUCUGCUGCAUUCAGUAGAUAUAAUGGGGAUUGCAGAGGGUUCACAACCUUUCAUAUGAUGCAAUAUAAUUGUGAGUUUACAGAGGUUACAGUAAAAUGGCAAAAGCUGUACACUGACUUUAAUGUACUGUACAACUAAGUACUAAUACUGAAGCAAACUUUAGAAAUGCAUCGUAUUUUUGUUUGCAUAAAAAAAAUAUAAAAGCCUUUGGCAGAUUUCUUGAAGUGGAUUGCUACUAGUUCUCGUUAUAGUUUGAGUUAUAGAAGAUGUUAAGCUUGUUUUCCUUUGUUUACUUUAUUUUGCCUUGGUCGUGUGUGUUUCCUUUGAUUUGUAAUGGUAAUAACUCAGUGCUAGCACCAGUGCAGGUGAUCAACAGGGGCCUAUGUUGAAACUGGGAGAUAACUUGAUGCUUAUUAUUUACUAAAGCUACCCCAGGAGCUUUUAGAUGCACAGUAAUAAGAAAAUCUAUGAAGAAUUGAGAUCUUUAAUAAACAUUUUUAUAAUUAUACAAAUCAUUAUUUUGGACAGAAAUCUUAGUAAAUAAUGAUAAUGACAGAAUUGAUAUUUAAUGGACAAUCUUAAUUCUUUUCUUUCUCUCACUCAACAGAAUUGAUAUUUUCUUUCCUUUUGUUUUGUUUAAAAUAGGAGACGCUGUAGAGAUUUCCAAAUCUUUCCACCUUGCCAUUUUUGUAAGUCAGUUAGCAGUGCUUAACCUAACACUGAUAACCAGCUCCCACUUCAUACAGUCAAACAGUAAUUGAAUACACCAAGUAUCAGAAAUAAGUUAAAAGACAAUGUUUAAAUAACUGAUUGAAAAAAAUUACUUUUUUUAAAGUGAACUUAUCUUCUCUGAUUUUAUUGUUAUGUUGCUGAAUUGGGAAAUUCAGAUGAAUGGGUAUAAGCCAAUAACAGGAUUCUUUUCAUUUCCUGUUGUGGUUGUUAAUUUACAACAGAUCUUAAAAUGCAAAGAGUGCUUACCUUGAGAAGACCAUCUAAACAUGAGUCCUAUCGUGGGUAUCAUUUUGUAGGAUCAGAUGCUUCAUCAUACAGUGUAUGCAAGAAAGUACCCAGAGUAAAUACAUAAAACAAUUAAUUUUCUGUGUGUCACAUUGCAUUCUAAGGAGUUAAAUUUGACAUGGGGAUAGUUAAAAUACAGACAAUGCAGCUUCAAUUUGAAGUUGCAUUAGCCUUUAUAGUAUUACCAUUUGGUUAAGAAUGUUUUCAGGUGUGUAACACUGGAUAUUUGUUUUUCAAAGGUUACAGCAUUUUAAUCCAAAGUAUAAAAUGCUUAAGCUGAAGAGUUGCCAUUAUUGUCCACAUGUUUUGCUAAUACAGAAGGUCUAAUGCAGUAUAACCUAUAAGCUUGUUUAGUAUGGCUGUAUAACUCUCUGUAAAACUGUUUGUUGAUUUCCAUAGCAUAAUUUUUUUACAACAGAAACAUCAGCUCUCAGUAAUUCCAGUGAGGGUGUUGAAUGUUUUCUUAUUAGACUUUUCAAAAUGGGGAUGAACUAAUUUCUCUGGAAAAAAUAUAUGGUAAAGUUUUUGCUUUAAAUAAGUGGUAAAUACUUGUGAACAUGUGUAAUGCUAGGCUUUUUAUUUACUCCAAAAUGGCAACAAUAUUUUCAGAAUAAAGCCAAUGGAAUAUAUUGCAGAUAUAGUAUAGAAUUUAGUCAUUUUUCAUUUAAUGUCUUUUUAUGAGUGCAUUAAAACUAUUCACACAAUUUGUAAGUUUCUAUUUUUCGUGAAAUCUUUGAUCUUGCAAUGGGUUUUAAUAAAAUAAA